AUGCAAAUUUGCCCGGAAAUAUCAUUUUGUCUAUUACAAGCCUGUAUUCGAUACCAACGAUCUUCACCAGAAUGUUUAACAAUAUCACGUUUUCGUAUACUCACUAAGCCAAUUUGUCGCGGUAAACGAUUGCCCAAAUUUUCGGUGAUCAAAAAAUGUAAUUGUGAAAAGGUGGAAGUACCAUUGGUAUUUGUGCCACCACCAUUUUCAGUAACCAAUAAUGGUGGUGAUGAUGAUGAUGAUGAUGAUGAUGAUGGUGAUGAUGAUGAUGAUGGUGAUGAUGGUGAUGAUGAUGAUGAUGAUGAUGGUACGGUGCAAUUAGCUCCAGAAAUUGCUGAUGUUGAUGCUGAUGUUGAUGUUGAUGUUGAUGCUGAUGCUGCUGAUGGUGAUGAUGUUGAUAAUGAUGUUGAUGUUGAUGAUGGAAGUAAGAGUGAUGACGAAACAACUGGUGGUACUGAGGAUGAAGAUAGGGAUAACAAUGUUGAAGUUGUAGAGGACGGGGCAGAUGUUGACGCUCUGGUCAUAGAAUGUCCUCGCCCAUUUAAUUCACAUUUGCUCAUUACAUAA